CCUUACAACUCUCAAGUCGAGUUGUGCAAAAGUCUCUAGCAAGUUGCUUUCACACACUGAUUCUCUCAUGGCGCCGGCCAAGUCCAACCGCAACCCCAAGGUGUUCCUGGACAUCACCAUCGGCGGCGAGAAGGUGGGCCGCGUAGUGAUCGAGCUUUACGCCGACAAGGUGCCCACGGCGGCGGAGAACUUCCGGCUGCUGUGCACCGGCGAGCGCGGCACGGGGCGGUGGUCGGGCAAGCGCCUGCACUACAAGGGUGCGCCGUUCCACCGGGUGGUGCCCGGGUUCAUGUGCCAGGGCGGCGACAUCACGGCCAGCAACGGCACCGGCGGCGAGUCGGCGAUCGGCGAGGGCCGGUACUUCCCUGACGAGGCGCUCGGCGCCGUCCGGCACGACGGCCCCGGCGUUGUGUCCAUGGCCAACUCCGGGCCCAACACCAACGGGUCCCAGUUCUUCAUCACCUUCGACAAGGCGCCGUGGCUGGACGGCCGGCACGUCGCGUUCGGCCGCGUCGUCGAUGGGAUGUACGCCGUGCGCGCCGUGGACAAGGCCGGGUCCAUGAGCGGCAGGACGGUGAAGCCCGUCGUCAUCGCCGACUGCGGCCAGCUCAAGGACGGCGCCCCGUUCUACGGAUGAAACGUCCUCUCGCGCUACCGUGCACUUGACACUUCCACGUAUACGUAUACUUCUCAGAGUAUAUACAUAUAUGCUUAUGUCCUCAUUGUGCACGUGCACGUACGUAUCCCGCGUGUAGAUCGAUAUAACUAAUGCUGGAGUGUGACUUGUGAGAGGUUUACUUUGUAUAAUACAACGAUGAAGUAAUUAAUAAAUUAGUCACUGUUUGCACA